UUUUCCCAGUGAACGAUAGGCGUGUGAAGUCACUCUCCCCAACACACACACGGGUCUUUCUCAGAUCGUCGUGUCUACCGUCCGACAAAAUGAAGGCAUCGGGCGUGCUGAAAGAGUACAAUGUGAUUGGCCGGAAACUGCCAUCAGAGGCAGACCCAACGCCUCAGCUAUACAAGAUGCGUAUUUUUGCACCAGACAGGGUCACUGCCAAGUCUCGUUUCUGGUACUUCCUUUCCAAGCUCAAGAAAAUGAAGAAGUCUAGUGGAGAAAUUGUUUCCAUUCAGCGUGUAUUUGAAAGGAAACCUCUGAUUGUCAAGAACAUUGGCAUCUGGCUGCGUUAUGAUUCACGCUCAGGCACCCACAACAUGUACCGUGAAUACCGUGACUUGACUGCUUCAGGGGCUGUAACACAGUGCUACCGUGACAUGGGUGCCCGUCAUCGUGCACGAGCACAUUCUAUUCAGAUCAUGCGUGUGGAAACCAUCAAGAGCAGUAACUGCCGCCGACCACAGACUACCCAGUUCCACAACUCAAAGAUCAAGUUCCCAUACCUGUCCUAUGUUAAGAAGAAGAACUUGAAUGCUGAUCGUAUUACUCACAAGAGACCUGUACCAAAGGUCUUCUAAAAAUAAAGUUCCAUAUUGUGAGAUAAUAA